CGUCAUUGGCACAUAUAGGCCGAUGAGACUCACCUCGAAACCCCAUUUCGCCUCCAACUCGUCCAGCUCGGCCUUGGUCCACUCCUUGCCGUCAUCGCCGUGGCUGCCGCAGCCCGCGGCCAGUAGGGCCGACGAGCAGCCCAGCAGUAGCGAUGCCAACCUCAUGACGUCGUUUGUAUAAGAUCUAUCCGUAUGGUUCCACGCGAUGAUCGUCGUCAGGCGUGGGGUCAAUAUCACGGAAGUGCUGUGCAAAAUUUGGCGAGAGAUAGAGGUGGAAAGAGAAGUCAGCGGCUUGGGCUAGGAAUCGUUACCAGAGAAGCGGCGUGUGACGACUUUUUUAAGAAGAAACAGCAAGCCGGGCCAAGCACUCCGGAGACCGGAAAGCGCAAAGAACGUCGACCGGGCCGGGCCAGUCCAGACUACUGCGUGCCCUUGCGAUUGAGGGUCCUGAACCGCUUCCCAAACCAUGUCCUUCGGGGCUCUCCCGACCUCCCCUUUGAGGACUCUAUUUGCCUGGCCGCGCCUGUCAUUGGCCACAGCCCCGUCUCCUUGUCAAGUGGCUUUACGUACGUGUACACAGUUAUCGGAUGUCAUCAAGCUUCUGGGGGGCGCCUACGGAGAACGUCCGGCGGGGGAGUGGACGGCCACAGAGUCCAAUCGAUAACGGUUGACGGGUUAUCGUCCAAGGAAAGCAAGCCCCACCGAUGCCGGCACACUGAGUAAGGAAUGAAUUGUCAUCGAGUGCAUGAGCACUAUUUCCCGCCAGGGUAUCGAUGAUAUUUGGGGAAGGGGAGACUCGAAUCGGCGGAAACGU